AUGGAGGGCUCAUCCCCGGUGGACCUUCUUGUGGACGGGAGGACUGUCGCAAGGAUAAUCGCCGAUCACACUGAUGAUCUGAAGUUCAUAGACCAUGAUGCAGUCCUAAAUGGUUUGUGGAGGGAAGGUGUGCUUGAACACGACGAAUAUGAAGAUGCAAUUAAAUACUCUCGAUCUGAGAAAUUGAGGUUCCUGGAGAGAAUCCUCCCGAAGAAAGGAGACACUACAUUUCAGAAAUUCUUGAAAUGUCUUCAGGAGAACGAACACCAGAUCCUUUCAAAUAAACUGUACAAACGAUACACUGAUUUAUGCCCAGACACCUGCAAUGACAAUAGAAUCUCAUCCACCAUUAUUUCCGGUUCAACUUCACAGGAGAGACAAGGAAGGUUAAAUGAAUCCUCCUCAAAAAACAAGCUUCAUAGCAAGUUGGAAAGUGGAACGACAGUGGACAAAAUCCAUCCAAAUACUCCUACAUUCGAAUCGGAUUACCGCCAAUGCAGGUUGUGCCCGUUCAUGAAGGAACUAUACGAUUUCCGUCCAAGAGGAGAGGGUUAUGAGGAGCUUCGAAAAUACGUUCUAGAGGACCUCCAGGUAUGCAUGGGUGGCGGAAAAAAAGGAUCCUCUGCGGAGGCACGAGAGGAUUAUUGUCAAGAGCACUACCGCGAAGCAGGGAAAACUCACUAUUCCCUUCCACCAGAUUUCAUCCUCAGAAACAGCGAAUUCGAAUACCUGUUUAAUAAGGCAAUGAAAAAACGCCACAAUACUGACGGAGAGAAUGUGGAUCUUUCGCCGGUGCAAAAUGCAGUUGCUGCAGUUUUUAAUCAGGCAAAACGAAUGUGCUUCCAUUCUCCAUCUUUGGUAGUUGCUGAUUAUGUGUUCUCUGAAACAUUCAAUCAAGAUGGGAUAUUCUCUGACGCCCUUGAGAAAGUGCCAAAAGACCUACGAAAGAAACUGUUCAGAUUCAUUAAUAUUUUUAGGGAUGGUGGCAGCCAUGGAGGGUCCGGAACAGGAAAGACUGUUGUUCUGGAAGAGAUAGCAAAGAGACUUGCAAAAAUAGACUGCAAUGUUGACGUGGUAGUGGUGAACCUGUCUGGAGGAGAUCUUACAAAGCACUUCGAGGAGGUAUUUCAAAGUGAGGAGAACAUCAAAGUUAUUGAUGGCGUUGAGCAGAAAAUUCCAGAGAACCUAGAAGGGAUAAUGAAAUUUCUUGAGAAGAACGGGGAAGGGAAGCAUGUGAUGUUUGACGAAGUCCCUCUCACUCUGGGAAUUCAGGGAUCUCUGGAUGAGAAGUGUCUCUCAGAGCACUGGGAGAAGAUAUCCCGUGUCAAGAAGAAUGUGAAAAGCCUUACAUUUGCAUUCCGCCCCAAUGAUCCAACGUAUACAUCAGAUAUCGAGCUAAACAAAAUCAAGAUCGCAGGCGUCGACAUGGUCAUCUUAAAUGUUGUGAAAAGAAAUACACGAGCCCGAACGGCUCUCCUAAUCAUUGAUUUCUUGCCGGAUCAUCAAGAAGUUUGGACUGUCAUGCGUGACGAGGGAACGAUAGUUGAAGAGAUGAUCUCCAUUCGAGAGAAAGACAUUCAGGUCGACGAACAAACCCUUCAAAGAAUGACAGCUGUUAAAAGAUUCCUGAAAGGGGAUCAGUUUUCUCUCGCUGGCAAAAUGAAGAGGCAGUUCGAGGACAUUGAUGGAUUCAUUCAUGAAUUGCCAAAAAUGAAAGUGAUGGAAGACACAAAAAAUCUACUGGCGAAAUACGAAAUUGGCAUCGAAGAAGGCAACAGCAGAGCAGGAAAGGUUAUCAUGCUUGUCGGAGCGACAGGAGCAGGAAAGAGCAGACUCAUCAAUGGGAUUGUGAAUUAUUCCUUUGAGGUAAUGUGGGAAGACGAUUUCCGUUUUAAGCUGAUUGAGGAAGAAGACUCCCAAUACCCCAGUCAGAAGAAAUGGGUCACUGCAUACGUUCUGCGCAAACAAGAAGGAUUCGCUCUACCCUAUACCUUGACGAUUAUUGAUACUCCAGGGUUUGGAAAUGAAGAAGGCAUCAAAGCGGACGAAGACAUAAAGAAUCAAAUACGGGAAUUCUUUCUUGAUGGAAACAUUGGCGUGGAUCAACUUGAUGGGAUUUGCUACGUUGUCCCAGCCUUCCAGGCAAGGCCUACACCUACGCACAAGUACAUUUUCGAAGCAAUCAUGGCUCUGUUUGGGAGAGACGUCAAAGAAAAUAUUUUCGUCCUCACUACAUUUUCAGAUAACCAAAAGUCCCCCGUCCUUGAAGAUAUCAAGGAUGCAGGCAUCCCAUACAAGAAAUCAUUCAAGUUCAACAAUUCCGCUGUCUUCGUCAGAAAGAAAAGCCGUCCUGAGAACGACGAAUUCGAAAAUUUAUUUUGGAAAAUGAGCAGAAAAAACUUGGAAAAUUUCUUUCAGAUCUUAGCAAACACAAAUCCCGUCAAUCUGACGCUAACAAAAGAAGUGCUGAAAGAGCGUCAACAUUUGGAGAUUGCCAUUCAGAGCAUCCAACAGCAAAUCGCAGCAGGUAAGAUGAUACCCAAGCUGAUCACAACAGCACAUGCAUGCUUGCAAAAACUCCAGAAAAUAGUGUUGAUGCCUGAUCCAUUGCUGGUGCUGGAAUGGGUCGAUCUCCUGAUUAAGAGGGAGAAAAUUGAAUCUCGACCGGGGUUUAUCCAGAGAAUCAGAUACCUCCAAGAAGCUCGUUCGAAAGCAGCAUUAGUCUACAUGCUCGAGCGAAACGUCGAUCCCUUUGAAGAGUACAUGAAGGAUUCUACCAGAAAUUCAUAGAUAUAUCUUACUCCGAUACUCCCGAUGAAGUAUACCAAGACAUGAGUCAUGAGGCGAAGAAAGGUAUCGAAUUACAAGAGGAUUUAUAAAGCACUUGCAUUUGUUGGAGAGAAAUAGCGACCUGAGUAAGAGUAGGAAGCAUUCCCGGUCACCCCCACAAGGAUGAGAAUUUCUGCGUCUGUAUUAGAAUGAACUUUCUCGUCCUGGAAUGAG